GUGCUUGAAAAUUGUUGAAAGAAAAUUAAUCAUUUUUUUGCGUCUAGAAAAACUCUAAUAAUCUCUAAUAUAAUAAUAAUAAUAAUAAUAAUAAUAAUAAUAAUAAUAAUAAUAAAAUAUGCAUUGUUUUUGGAAAAUCUAGCAGUAAUUUUCAAAUAUAGAUUCAGUAACGAAAAUGGCUUCUGCAUGUUUGAUUAUAAGUCGAGGAAUUUCUACUUCAUGUGCUAACUAUGGAAAACGUAAUUUCCGAAAGUUUUUACUUUACGGCAAAAGAGGAACAAAACUUCAAAAACAACGUGAAGCAGGUCCAGAUCGAGAACUUCCAGCUCACACACGGGGAGUAAGAAGUAUUGGAUAUGAAAGUGGGAAAGACUUUGUUGUAAUACCAGAAAUGAUACCUGAAAUUAUUGUUCCUGAUUUAAAGGAUUGCAAAUUAAAACCAUAUGUCACAUAUGAAUCUGAAGAUGUAUAUCAGAGCGAAUUUACAGCUCAGGAUUUAUUUAAUGCAGUCUAUUCAGAAAAGAUCGUAAACGAUUAUAAUAAUAAACAGUUAGAUCCUGAUGGUCAAUCUUUAAAACCAAGCAAAGAGGAAAAUCUUACAGCAGAGGAAGCAACAAUUAAUAGUUUAAAAACUGGUAGCGACAUAUUUCAAGUUGAUAAAGAGGAAGUUAUUGGGCUUUACAAAAAAAAGGUUGCAGACAGUAUGCAAAAGGCAAAAGAGUUGGGCAAAGAUUGGUUUAAUUAAUAUUUAACGCUUUUAGUAAGACGUAACAUAACAAUAAGAAAUUAACGACAAAUAGAGGUACUUUUAAAAAAAUUUAAAGAAAUUUUCUUUAAUUCCUAAUAAAUAAUGAAAGCGAUUAUUUUAAUUCA